AUGAGCGAUUUAAACGGUUCCGGUGCGGGUGAAAAUCCUCCUCGAAAUUCGACCGACGCCACCUCCCAAGAUGUCGUCGUUGCACCAGAGAACGGAGCGUGCGCGUCAGAAGCUACGAAAAUAGCGGAAAAGGAGACGCCGGUGGCGCCGCCCGUGCCGAAAAAACGAAAGACAAGGCGCGGCAAAUCCAAACGUAAAGCGCCUUAUCAGAAAUUCGGCAGGAAAAAUGGUAAAAUUAUUAAACCUUGUAUUGUGAAGCCUGAAGCUCCUCACAACGACAAUCAGUUUCUUUUCGCCGACCAUGGAGGGUUGGAGGGUUUGGAUGAAAAACUGAGAAACAUUGAUCAGUUAUCGACAGCUUCGCUCACGAGAACUAGAGAUUCUAGUGUGAGUGUUGACUCAGAUGGUGAGGAAUUUUACUCAUCGCCAGACGACGAAGGAGAGUUUUUGAUGCAAGACUUCAAUGACCAAUAUCGGAGCAUACAAACUGAACAGCUGCAAACCAUGUCCAAGCAAGAACUCAUCAAUGAAUACUUGGCCUUGGACAAUAGAACUUCGCAGAAAAACCGAGACCUCGAAGAUACAAUUCGUCAGCUGGAAAACGAGUUGGUUAAACAAACCAACGAAAAACAUUCUUUGCUGGAGGAAAUUGACUUUUUGAAAAACAAAAUCGAAUUGGCUGCUCAGAAGCAAAACGGACACAUGGAUUCGGAGGAUUCCGAAACUGAUUCGAGCGACUCUGGCAGUUCUAGUUCCAGUAGCAGCAGUGGUUCCAGUCGUUCUGUUACGCCUGAAGUUGACCAUGGGCUUACUAAUGGACAUUUGUCACCACCACACGAACAGGGUGUUGAUGCAGUGUAA